GGUGAUGGCGAUGGCGGAGAAGUUCGACUCCCUGGAGGAGCACCUGGAGAAGUUCGUGGAAAACAUCCGGCAGCUCGGCAUUAUCGUCAGCGACUUCCAGCCCAGCAGCCAGACGGGGCUCAACCAGAAACUGAAUUUCAUGGUGACGGGCUUGCAGGAUAUCGACAAAUGCCGCCAGCAGCUCCACGAUAUCAGCGUGCCCUUGGAAGUUUUCGAAUACAUAGAUCAAGGCCGCAACCCUCAGCUUUACACCAAAGAGUGUCUGGAGCGAGCGCUGGCUAAGAACGAGCAAGUAAAAGGAAAAAUUGACACAAUGAAGAAAUUUAAAAGCCUGUUAAUUCAAGAACUGACAAAGGUGUUCCCAGAAGACAUGGCAAAGUACAAAGCUAUUCGAGGAGAAGAUCCUCCUCCUUAAGUUGGCCUUUGAUAGCUCUAACAUUGUCCUGUAAAUUGACACCACUAUGUUCAAACAUUGAUUGGAGAGAGGGGGAAUCCAAGCCCGUGUAACAACUGUACUAAAAAUGGCAGUGAUGGACUGUAAAGCUCCUUGAUGCUUGUUGCUGAUACUGGUCUGAAGCUACUGAAUCUUUCUGAAGCCUUCUACUCAGAGAUUGUAGUUGAAACUUCCUAUGGUAAUCUGCUUUUCUUUGCUGAAAGGUUUUGGAGAUGUAAUUGCCUACAGGCCAUCAAUACAGAGCAUUUCUCACAAAGUGCAUUUCCAGAGCAGAAAACCAUGGGUUGGUUGUUUGUUUUUCUUUCUGAAAAGUGUGCCUCAGGAUUGUGGGCUCAUCUGUUUGUAAGACAUGCAUUUAUUACACUUGAUUAUUUUAUAUUUGUAAACUUCCCUCUUUUAAAAAAUUGCAGUUGACAAACAGUUGACUGCUUUCAUCUUGCCAAAUUCUGCUGAGCAGGAGCCUGUCAAGGGCUGCUGUUCUCAUGUGUCAUAAUGAGUUACAGCCAGGAAAUCCUUCAGAUGUUCUUGUUAUGUUCUGUGAGCUGCACUGCAGAUACUUGAGGAUAUAGAAAGUGAGCAUACCCGGGGACUAGCUCCUCAACAACUUUAAUAUUUUGUACAGUAUUUAAUCUAAGCUUUUGUUUAUUCAUUUUCUGCAAGCAAGUUGUUGAAUAAAAAUGUGAAAAAUUCUAUAUCCUGGUGUUUUGUCUGUUGUAUGCAACUCUUUGGAGUGGGAGAAACUGGGAAAAAACAGCAAUUCCUUAGACUCACAGUGAUAGAAAUAAAAUGUGUAUCAACACUCAGCUGUUAAAAUUUUA